CACAACACAACACAUAUCUUUUAGUAACCUUUCAAUAGGCGUCCCCCAAGAACUAGUAAACAUGGCAAAACUGUUGAGCCUGUUCUUAGCCCUCUCCUUUGUAGCAGCUAUGUUUGCCAUAGGCUCUCAUGCUGAUGGAGACUGUGAGAAUGACCUCCAAAGCCUGAUAAGUGACUGCAAGACAUACGUGAUGUUCCCAGCUAAUCCAAAGGUCCCUCCUUCGGAUGCUUGCUGUGGUGUCAUCAAGAAGGCAAACGUUUCUUGCUUGUGCUCCAAGGUCACCAAAGAAACUGAGAAGGUUGUGUGCAUGGAGAAGGUUGUGUAUGUUGCUGAGCAGUGUAAGAGGCCAUUUGAGCAUGGCUUCCAGUGCGGAAGCUACAAGGUUCCAGCAAACUGAUGAUAUCGCAAGAGGGAAGCGCUUGACGUAGUCUUUAGAUUUCAAUUGUUGCAGCCGAUCAACCUUCUUAGGGUUGUAUAAUAUGAAGUCAAUGUUGAGACUAAUGUGAGGUGGGAGAGGCCUAUUGAUGCAUCAAAAGUAUUAUGAGCUAAUAAUAAAGCCUUCUCCACAGAUUUUAUGAUUGCUCAAGAACUGUGAGGUGCUAAUGUGCUAUGCGACAAUGUUUUUUUUCCUGCCUAGGAGCUUCUCAUACAAAGAGGCCCACAGUCUUCUCAUACAAAGCGGCCCACAGUGUUCGGCUUGCCAGGCCAGCCUGGAUAGGAGUCCAGCCCAUGAUAGCGGGCCUACCACACCAAAACGCGCCGCAUAUUAAGUUGCCCUCGCUGGCACCGUGGCACGGCCACUCAGGUACCGGCAGGCCAUUGGCCACAGCCCGCUUUACUCACGACGCGACGAACCGCGCACUCCUUUUAAAGCUCCACGUUGCGGUGUCCUCACGGGUCACGGCGACCGAUGCCGCUGCUGCUGCGCGGCGCCUCCCUCCUCCGCCUCUGCCAGUGUACCAGUGGGCUCUCAAGUGUGAAAUUUAGUUCAAGAGUAACGGUACUAGUGAAUCUCAACGCCAUGAGGGACGGAAUGCGGGCCACAUAUUCACGUAGAGCUGCCUCUAAGAACAGUGAGGUCAAGAAAGAUGAGCAGCCAGUCACAGAGAAGGUUAGUAGAGCUGCCUCUAAGAACAGUGAGGUCAAGAAAGAUGAGCAGCCACUCACAGAGAAGGAAGAUGCUGCUGAAACUGAUUUGGAGGUGGAGCGAGGGAGGAGCAGCAGCCCUAGCCAGCUCCAAUCAAUGACUGUCAAGGAGCUCAGGGAGCUCACGAGGAGGAGGGGUAUUUCUGUGAAAGGUACCAAGAAAGAUUUAGUAUCAGCACUGAUGAAUUCUAUGGCCGUGGAAGCAAAUGGUGAAGGGGGAAAGUCAUCCGUUGAGCUGGUUAGCCCCUUGGAAGUACCUUUGAAAAGAAAAGGUGGUGCUUCUGUUGUGGUUGAACAAAAACUAGAAAGUUCUGAGAUCAUUUCUGAAACACCUAACAAGAAAAGUAGAACAAAACAAAAAUCAAGCAAGAACACCACUCGUGAGGAAAUUUCGGUGACUAAUGUCAAGCUAAGUAAGACUGUUGUCCAGAAGGAAACAGUUGCCGUCCAAGGUCCUGUUCCUAAUGCAGGAUUAAGUCCUGAUGAUGAUUCAGAGCCUUGGACUAUACUCGUGCAUAAGAAACCACAAGCCAGCUGGAUUCCAUACAACCCUAGGACUAUGAGGCCUCCACCUCUAAGCAAGGAUACACGGGCUCUGAAGAUUAUGUCAUGGAAUGUCAAUGGAUUGAAAGCAUUGCUCAAAUCAAGAGGCUUCUCUGUGCAGCAGUUAGCACAGAGGGAGGACUUUGAUGUGCUUUGCCUCCAAGAAACAAAAAUGCAGGAGAAGGAUAUUGAAGUUAUUAAGGACACUUUGCUUGAUGGCUACACAAAUAGUUUCUGGACUUGCAGUGUGUCAAAGCUUGGCUAUUCUGGCACUGCAAUAAUUUCAAGAGUCAAACCACUGUCGAUCAAGUAUGGGCUUGGUAUAUCAGACCAUGAUACUGAAGGGAGGGUUGUGACUGUAGAGUUUGAUGACUUCUACCUGUUAACUGCUUAUGUACCAAACUCUGGUGAUGGUCUAAAAAGAUUGACUUACAGGGUCACAGAGUGGGAUCCAUCCCUUGGUAACUACAUGAAAGAAUUAGAGAAAUCGAAGCCUGUCAUACUAACUGGUGAUCUUAAUUGUGCGCAUCAGGAGAUUGAUAUACAUGACCCUGCUGGAAAUCGUAGAAGUGCAGGCUUCACAAACGAGGAAAGAGAAUCAUUUGGGACCAAUUUUUUGUCCAAAGGGUUUGUUGAUACGUUUCGGAAACAGCAUCCUAAUGUUGUUGCCUAUAGUUACUGGGGGUACAGGCAUAAUGCCCGGAAGACAAACAAAGGUUGGCGCCUGGAUUACUUUCUUGUGUCCGAAUCAAUCACAGAAAAAGUGCAUGAUUCAUAUAUUCUUCCGGACAUCUCUGCCAGUGAUCACAGUCCCCUUGGUCUCGUGCUGAAGCUGUAGGCUGUAUCACACAGGCUAUGCCAAACAUUCAGUCUGAAGCCUGUGCCAUAUUUCUCAGACAGCGAUGUUUAUUCCUGAUGGUUUCUGGUUCGUGCAGAUCCCUGGCAGGAACAACGACUUUUGUCAGACUAUUAGUGAAACAAGGCUUUGUAACGCACUGAGCAGAUUUGACUAUUAGUGGACAACUUACUGUUAGCAAAGCUGCACCUUUGUAGUGUAAAUAUGCGGCCAUAUCUUGUGCUGCACUUGUGCAGCUCAAUAUGAGCAGCGGGGGAAGCUCAUUACCUGGUUAUGGAAUUAUGAUACUGACCUUAACCUAUUGAGGUCUUUAAACUAUCUGAUCAUGUGCUGUGCCGCUGAUGGCGUCAGAAAAUAACUGUGCCAUGCAAUUUCACGCAUAGCCGAAACUGUUCUUGGA